AGUUUCCUUGCAUCAUGGAGGCGGAGGAACCAUCGGAGCUGUAAACGAACCGAAACAGGGUCACCUUUCCUUCUCCUUCCCUCUGUUAUACAUUUAUCUUUUCCCCGGUAAGCUCAUUAUUAGAUGCGUUGUUUUGGAUCUGACCGGGUGUUAGUCGGUCCUCGGCAGCUUGUGUUCCUCCGCAGCUGGUGUCAAAGCUCGGUUAGCGUCAGGUGAUAGUGACAGCAGGCAGUGUUUGGGAGCUGCUCGGCGAUAAGAGAUAAAAGCUGGGUUAAAGAGGGCUGUGAGGCGCAGAUAAAGUCUACAAUAACGGCCUGAAAAUCGACAAUGCACCGGCAAACUCCCCUGUGGCUGAGCUUCAAGGAACACCGGCUGGGAUAAAACGAAAGUAGUCCGAGUCUGAAUGCCUGUGUUAGACGUKUUUUGUUUGUUUGUUUGUUUUUGUACUUUUACUAAGAUUUUUCUGAGUUCUCAACGAUGCGGCUUUUAUUUCGCGUUUCAAACUGCACCAACAAGCUGUACAAACUAAAGCCGACCCAGCCCAAGUUGUUAUGGYUGGAGCACCGAGCGGUCCUCUCCUCUUCUGCCCACUGGAGGAGGAGGCAGCCCGCCGAGGUGAAGACCUCCGUGUGUCCGACUCCUGCCGCCGGUGUCCUGUCGGCUCUGUCCCGCGGUCCUGGACUCUCUGUCCUCUACGCGCACAGCCCUGCACGGACGGUCCUACACACACCUGUUGCCUUUUCCAGCUCCUCGGCGGCCGCCUCUCCUGCUCCAGCCGGGGCUGUGAAGACCCAGGAGAAGCCGACACCCACCACCGUCCCGCUGAAGGAUGUCAAACGGAUCCUGCGUCUUUCUCACCCGGAGAGAUGGAGACUGGCAGCUGCUGUUGGCUUCCUCGCCGUCUCCAGUUCUAUAACCAUGUCAGCUCCCUUUUUUCUGGGCAAAGUCAUCGACAUCAUUUACACCACUGCAUCGGACACAGAGACGAUGACGGCCUCUUUAACGUCUCUGUGCGGCCUGCUGGCCGCAGCUUUUCUGUGUGGAGGAGCAGCUAACGCCACCAGAGUCUACCUCAUGCAGCUCUCGGGUGAAAAGAUCAUCCGUAAUCUCCGUGCCUCAGUCUUCGCCUCCAUCCUUAGACAGGAAGUGGCCUUUUUUGACAAGAGCAGCACCGGCGAGCUCAUCAACCGGCUCUCGUCGGACACGUCUGUGGUGGGUAACUCCAUCACAGACAACCUGUCGGACGGGCUGCGAGCCGUCGCUCAGGCAGCUGCUGGUGUCAGCAUGAUGUUUUACAUCUCUCCCAGUCUAGCGUGCUUCGUGUUGAUGAUCGUCCCUCCGAUGGUCGUCGUCGCUCUCCUUUUCGGCAGGUUUCUUCGCUCCAUCUCCAAACGCACACAGGACGCGCUCGCGCAGUCCACAAAGCUGGCUGAAGAGAAAAUCAGCAACAUACGGACAGUCAGGGCGUUUGGAAAAGAGAUGUCUGAAGUGGGCGCGUACGGUCAGAAGGUGGACGCCGUCCUGAGCCUGGCCAAACGGGAGGCUGUGAUGACAGCCGGUUUCUAUGGGCUGACGGGCCUCACCGGGAACCUCAUGAUCCUGUCGGUGCUCUACAAAGGAGGCCUCCUGAUGGCCAGUCAGCACAUGACUGUAGGGGAGCUCUCAUCCUUCAUCAUGUACACCUUCUGGGUGGGCAUCAGCAUUGCAGGUCUGAGUUCUUUCUACUCUGAGCUGAUGAAGGGUUUCGGAGCUGGAACCAGACUGUGGGAGCUGAUGGACAGAAAGCCUGAGUUUCCUCUCAAUGAGGGACGAGUCCUCCCUGCAGGUCAGCUGAAAGGCCAGCUGCAGUUCUCCGACGUCUCCUUCGCCUACCCCACUCGUGAGGAGGCUCCCAUUUUUCAGAACCUUAACCUCUUUGUUCCGGCUGGCACCGUCAUGGCCGUGGUGGGGUCCAGCGGGUCGGGGAAAUCCUCCCUUGUCUCACUGCUGCUCAGGCUGUAUAACCCCGACUCUGGUAUCAUCUCUAUUGAUGGCCAUGACAUCAGGGAUUUAAAUCCCUACUGGCUCAGGAGUCACAUCGGCACUGUCAGCCAGGAGCCGGUCCUGUUUUCCUGCUCUAUAAGAGAUAAUAUUGCGUACGGUGCUGUGGACCCUGAAGCUGUGACCACAGAGGACAUCUACAGGGCGGCCAGAGUGUCCAACGCGUUUGAUUUCGUUCAGGCAUUCCCCAAAGGCUUCGACACGGUGGUGGGAGAGAAAGGAGUGCUGCUGUCAGGUGGUCAAAAGCAGAGAAUAGCUAUAGCCCGAGCUCUGCUCAAGAAUCCAAAGAUCCUGCUUUUGGAUGAAGCCACCAGCGCUCUGGAUGCUGAGAACGAGUUCCUGGUCCAGGAGGCGUUGGAGCGCCUGAUGGAAGGGAGGACGGUCGUGAUCAUCGCUCACCGCCUGUCCACCAUCAAGAACGCGGACUCCGUCGCCGUUAUCGACCAGCGGCGCGUAGCCGAGUGUGGCCCGCCCACAGAGCUGCUGGGAAACAGGGAAGGACUGUUCCGGAAGCUGAUGGAGAAACAGGCGUUCGUGCAGGAAGAGCAGCAGCAGGCUGUCCUCUGAAAGGAAGAAACCGCAGACAGUCGAGUCAAAGGGAGAAGAAAAGCUUGAAACUCAAUUCCUGGAAGUUCCCCUUUUUCCGUCUCGCUGGUGAAGUCGCUCAGUUUGUCAGAAGAUUGUUUAUUUUUAAAAACAUGUUGAGAGAGAGAGAGAGAGAGAGAGAGAGAGAGAGAGAGAGAGUACUUCCACAGAAAAGGGAAGUGGUGAUGAGGACAGACACACUGGAACUAAUUUUAUAACUAUUAUCAUAACUCUCUGCUCAUAACACCAAAGUCAGCGUAGUCUGAGUCAUACAGCUCUAGAAUCUAGAUUUAAAUAUGAGUCAGUAUUUUAGAUUUUUAUUUUCCCUUGAAGCUUCGAAACGAGGGGUGUUUUCUUGUUAUUUUACAGCCUAAACAAAUGAAAGCAGCUACAUGUCACACUGUUAGACAAUAGGACUGAACACAGCUCUGACCUGAUUUAGAAACGUUUGCACAUUUGUUGUAGAAAGAGUCAAGUGACAGACUUGAAAAGUCACAGUGAGACCUAACUGACUUUUACAUCGAACAUCUUACUGACAGACAUGUAAGUUAAUCAUCUUCAUGGAAGCUGACAGGUUGAUCUGUCAGGUAUCUCCACAGUUCUUUGCAAAAGUUACCCUGGUUUAAACUUUAAUCAGAGGAAUCACAGCACACCUGCGUAUCUCACUCUGACCUGAGAGUCUCCAUUUUUUUAUUCUCACUCCGGUCACUGCUGUGUGUUUACAGGAAGUCCACUUCACCACACUAAGUUCUUUAUAAACAGCUCUAAAACCCAUGUUUUGAGCCGUGUGCAAAGCCUGUUCUGAAGAGUUCUCCUCAGUGAACAUUUGGACCAAACUCUUUCAGAAGGUUUUCUCUCUUUCCUCCAUGUCCAGAUUGAUUAAAAAUCGAAACCAGAAGCUGGUUUGUUUUGGACUGUAACACACAAAAAGCCACUUCCUGGUAUUCGUUGCCAGUUAGGAGAAUUCCAAGCAUCUUUUUUUGUUUGUUUUUUAAGCUCUGAUCUAUAUCAUGACAUUUGGUCUCACUAGGCUGAAAGGCUGAAGGCGAUAAACCAGAUGAGUCAACACUGCCAAUUCACGAAAUUUUCUCAUGUUUUUGGUGUCUUAAACUUUCCCUUCAUGGUUUUAUAAAUGUAAAGUUUUGUAUUUAUUCAUUAAAGUUUGAUGACUSUAUGGCAGCACAAUCAGCUUCUUUAUGAUCCAAAUGUUUAUUACAGGAUAGAUGUUUUGUUUUAAUUUUACCGUUUUGUUGUUUGGUGUAUUUCCUUUGUUUCACUUUAAAAGUAACCUUUAGGUUUUCAUGUCAUUGUUAUGCAUUCGUCCACAUUUUAGGUCUAUUUUCACAAAAACGUUGUUUUAAUCUUCGUCUCUGCAGCAUCUUGGUUCAUGUGGGUAAAUUUUAACUCCCUCGUUUGUUUUUGUUUGAAAUGAGUCUUUGUGCCAGAAUAAGCGACAUCAGUUUUCUUUUUAAAACUUUUAUAAUGAAGCAGUAUAAAUAUGACUUAAAUUAUGUUUUAUAAAGAAUUAUAUGUGAAGAGGAAUAAAAACGAAUUAUUGGAAGAUUUAA